AUGCCAACAGCAGCGCUGGCUUUACCUCCAGUUGAGAACUGUUCUAAGUGCUCUGCACUUAGAUUUGUUUUUGAACCGCUUGGAUUUUGCCGUUCAGAUGGCGAAGUUGAAAUUGCAUCAAAUUCAUUCCCAUCAGAACUCAUUAGGCUCUUUACUUCCCAAGAUGAUGAUGUUGUGCACUUUAGAACAUAUGCACGCCUCUAUAAUAAUUUCUUUGCUUUUAGUUCUCUAGGUGGUGAUUUUGAUUCAUGUACUCAAAAAGGCAUCUAUGUAUUCAAGUUACAUGGCCAAAUCUACCACUUCAUACCUAAUCUAUUGCCUACUGACCAUAAUCCAAAAUUCUUACAACUAUACUUUUACGAUGCUCAACAUGAAUUAGAAAACCGUUUGAAUUUGUUCCCUGAAUUGAGGCCUGAUGUGAUCGCUAUUCUGAUGGAAAUCAUGCAGCAGAACCCCUACGCAAAAUUUUUCAGAUCCCUUCGUGAGCUUGAUGUUGUGGAGAAUACGAGAAUCCACUUAAACAAAGACCAUGUGCUUGACCAGCGCGUGUACAAUGCUCCUACUACUGAAGAGGUCGCUUAUCCCUUGCUUUGCCCCUACGGGGAUUGUGGGUGGCACCACGGUCUUAAGAAAACAAACAAUGGUGCCCGUAGGCAGCGUGCGCUUGCUCAGCAAAAUAUCGCUGUUGCAUUAGCUGGCGAUGUCGACGACUUGUUAGCUGCUGAAGCUGCUGUUGCGGCGCAGGUCACAACAACUAGGACUCAAAUUUCUUGCAGAGCAUAUUAUGCAUAUCUUCUACAAAUGCGACCUCGGAACUACAUUUUGCGAGCGUGCCGCUUAUUCCAACAAUUCAUUGUUGAUAUGUAUGUCAAGCUUGAAAACACAGGCCUGGAUUUUUUUAGACACAAUCAAGCAACAAUCCGGGUGGAACUGUAUCAAGGCAUCUUGGAUUGCUUUGAAGGCGGCGAGAAUAGUGGAGCAAAUGUGGGGCAUAGAGUUAUCCUCCCACCUAGCUUUCUCGGGGGUCCUCGUGACAUGAAGCGUUGUUACUUAAAUGCAUUUGCCUUGGUGCAGCGCUAUGGCAAGCCUGAUCUAUUUAUUACGAUGACGUGUAAUCCGAACUGGCCUGAAAUCAAAGAUCAUCUUGCUCCAGGUGAACUUGCCCAGCGUCGGCCAGAUAUAUAUAGUUGCACGUGUUUUCCGUGCAAAGCUGCUGAAGUUGAAGAAAUUGCUUGUCGAAGACAGUGUUUUGGGUGA